AUGGCUGUGCCACCCUCCACCUAUCCCCGUCGCCUCCUGCCCCUCUUCCUGGGGCUUUUCCAGACUGCCCUGCUCCUCUUCUUUGCCCUCUUCGUCACCUAUGAUGAGCCCUCGGCGCAGGUGGAGGAUACCGGCUUGGUGGUCUACAGCAUCUUCCCCUUCUUCCAGGACAUCCAGGUGAUGCUGGUGGUGGGGCUGGGACUCCUGCUGACCUUCCUGCCCCGCUACGGGUUCAGCUCCCUCACCCACAACUUCCUCCUGCUCAACUUCUCCAUGCAGUGGGCGCUGGUGCUGCAGGGCCUGCUCCACCACCUCCACCAGGGCCAGAUCCACCUGGACCUCCACAAACUCCUCGUCUCUGAGUUCGCUGCUGUGACAGUGCUCAUCUCCGUGGGGGCCGUCCUGGGGAGGGCCAGCCCCUGCCAGCUGCUCGUCAUGGCCGCCUGUGAAAUCCCCGUCUACCUGGCCAGCGAGUGGGUCAUUGUCACCUAUCUGGGCGUCCUGGAUGUGGGCGGCACCAUCACGAUCCACAUCUUCUCCUGCUAUUUCGGCCUCGGCGUGUCCAAGGCUCUGUUCAGAGCAACACAGCAGCCACUGCACCCCAAGGAGACCCCAACACCCGGCUCUGACCUCAUGGCCCUGGUGGGGACGCUCAUCCUCUGGGUUUUCUGGCCCAGCUUCGUGGCUGUCCUCUGCCAACCGGGCGAUGCCCAGCACCGCGCCAUCCUGAACACCCUCCUGGCCAUGAGUGCCAGUGCCAUAACCACCGUGGUGGCCUCCAGCCUGCUGCACAGGGACGGCAAGCUCAGCCCCGGCCACCUGCAGAACGGCAGCCUGGCCGGCGGGGUGGCCAUCGGCGUGGUGGCUGACAUGGCCGUGCCACCGGCGGCCGCCCUCGCCCUGGGCAGCCUCUCAGCCGCGGUGUGCGUCCUCGGCUUCAGGUUCCUCACCCCGCUCCUGGGGAGGAAGCUCACGCUUCACGACCAGUGCGGCAUCCACAACCUCCACGGCUUGCCCGGCAUCCUCGGCGCCGCGGCCAGCGUGGUGGCCGUCCUGCUGGCAUCCAAGGACAUCUCCGGAUCCCAGCCCUCUCAGCUGUCCCCCGCGCUGUGCCAGGCAGCGGGGCUGGCGGUGGCCCUGGGUGCCUCGCUGCUCGCCGGGCUGCUCACCGGGGCCGUCCUCCGGCUGCCCUGCCUGGCCCGGCCGCCCCAGCGCCUCUGCUUCGAUGACUCGCUGUAUUUCAAGAUCCAGGAGCAGGCUGAGAGCCCGGGGCCAGACAGCAGCGCUGAGGAGGGAGCCCUGGCUCUGAAGGAGCAGACGCCCCAGAAGCCCCCCAUCUUUUUGGCAGCUCGGUGUGGAUGCGCCCAUGAGAGCGCGGAGCCAUCGGAGCGGGGACCGGCCCGACCCCUCCGCAUUGCCCUGUUCCCGCUGGGUGCCGAGAGCCGCCGGCACCGGGACCAGCACCGGCACCGGCACCGCCCGGGGAGCAGCGAUACCAUCGGGGCCGGAUCGGCAGCACCCAGAAUCCGCGAGAGCUCCCGCUCAGCCGGCAUCCCAGCCCCGGUGGCUGUGCCCGCGUCCAGGCCGGCUGGUUCCGAUGGCAGCUCCGGCACGGGGGCAGCGGCGCCGGGGGCUGCGGGCUGCCGGUCGGGAAGGGGCCGUGGAGAGGAGCCGCACACACAGGCGUGUGCACACCUGUGA